AUAUUUGACUGAAAUGGUCUCUUAUUAGAUAGUGAUAAGUAAAGUUAAGGUAAAAAGUGCUCACAAGUAUAGUAAGUAUUGAAUUGUUUGUUUAUUUCUACUCUUUAGGAAUUAGUUCUUCUUCUAUAUAAUUAGGACACAUCCAUUAAACUUUUCUUAGUAAGAACGGCAAAAGAUUAAGCAUUCAUCAAUGGAUGCUUUGGAUCUCUCCAGUAUUGUCUUUAUUGCUAUCUCUUUUAUCCUCACUGCUAUUCUCUACCAAAAUCAUUCUUCCAAAAGUACUAAACUUCCCCCGGGUAGUUUCGGAUGGCCCGUAAUAGGCGAAACGAUAGAGUUCUUGUUUGGUAGCCCUGAAAAAUUCGUGAUCGAUAGAAUGAACAAGUACUCUCCUGAUAUUUUCAAAACUAAAAUAAUGGGAGAAAAAACGGUUGUAAUUUGUGGCCCUAAUGGCCACAAGUUCCUCUUCUCGAACGAAGAGAAACUCUUUACUGCAUUUCGUACUUACUCCAUGCAGAGAAUCUUUCGUUCUUAUCAAUCGAAACAUUCUUCUCCUCCUUCUCAAUCUACUGGGGUUAUUCGCCAGCCCGGAUUCUUUAAGCCCGAAGCCCUAGCCCGUUAUAUGGGGCAAAUGGACUCUAUAACGAAAGAUCUUUUGCAAACCCAUUGGGAAGGGGAAAAUGAGAUCAAAGCCUACCCUUUUGCUAAAAUUUUGACAUUGACACUUGCUUGUCAUUUCUUUCUUGGAAGCACGAAUAAUUCGAUAGCAAAGCUCGUAAAUUAUUUCGAUGACAUUACGUUAGGACUACACGCGAUGAUUUUAAACGUACCAGGGACGACUUUUUAUCGAGCUAAUAAGGCCGCAAUUGCCGUUAGAAGGGAACUUAUAGGUGUGAUCAAGGAGAAAAAAGAGGAAAUGAUGACUAAAGAGGUGAAAAUGCAAGACAUAUUGUGUCAUAUGAUAGUUUUUAGGGACAGUAAUGGGGAGUUGAUGGGUGAAAAUGAGAUUGCUGAUAAAAUUAUGGGGCUUUUAGUUGCUGGCUAUAGCACUGUUGCAACAACCAUUACUUUCCUCAUGAAAUAUGUUGGAGAGAGAUUUGAUAUCUAUGAAAAGAUCUUGACUGAGCAAAAGGAGAUUGCUGCGACGAAGAAGCGGGGGGAAUUGUUAGAGUGGGAGGACAUGAAGAAAAUGAAGUAUUCAUGGAAUGUGAUAUGUGAAACUAUGAGGCUAACUCCACCACUUCAAGGUACUUUUAGACAAGUCUUGAAAGACUUCACCUAUGCUGGUUAUACCAUUCCCAAGGGUUGGAAGGUUUAUUGGACAACAAGUAGCACAAACAAAAAUCCAGCAUAUUUUGUAGACCCUGAAGUGUUUGAUCCAUCAAGAUAUGAUAUAUGUGAUGGACCAAUUCCAUACACUUACGUACCAUUUGGUGGUGGACCAAGAAUGUGUCCUGGAAAAGAGUAUGCUCGUCUUGCAAUUUUAACUUUUCUCCACAAUGUUGUAAUGAAAUAUAAGUGGGAAUUACUAGUACCCCAUGAGAAGAUUAUUGGUGAUAUGAUGCCAACACCACAAAAUGGACUUCCUAUUCGUCUUCAUCAACAUAUUGGUGAUAUGAUGCCAACACCACAAAAUGGACUUCCUAUUCGUCUUCAUCAACACUAAUGAGAAGUUAUGUUGUUUGAACUCUUUAAAAAGUAUUGUAAUUGUAUAUUAAAUUCUUCAAAAAUUAUGUGUUUUGUAGAAUUCGAUACUAGUGUUGCAAUACUUUUGAAGAAUCUAAGCGAUAUAAAUUAUCGUCGAAAUAUAUACUAAAACUUUAAUUUCUAUCCAAAAGAGAUCAAUGGAAGUUGUGGAUUUUUCC